AUGAACAUGAAUCUAGCUAGUAAAUAUCAAGUGCAAGGACAAGGUCAACCACAAUCAAAUCUACAAGCUCAGCAAAUAUUGUUGCAACAAUUACAUCAAGGUCAAUCACUUCCUCAACAAAAUCAACAACAAAAUAAUUCGACGAACGGCCUAGGUGCUGGGUUCCAACCAAAUGAAAGUUAUAAUAAUGACAAUCAAAACCUUUAUCAAAAUUAUCAACGUAAUCAAUUACAGCAGCAGCAGCAACAACAACAACAACAACAGCAGCAAUAUUUUCCACAAUUUCAACAACAGAAUCAAUCUAAUAAUAAUCAUUUAACUUCACAGUUACUGCAACCACCCCAGCCACAACAACUUCCUAGACAACUUCCCCAUUUACAACAACAGCAACAACAAUUUUAUAAUCAACAAGCAAUCAAACCUCAACAACUCCAGCAACAAAUCCAAUUACAAGGUGGUCAAGUUCAAACAUCAAUUCAAAAAAAUUCAACAACUGUGGAAAAUCCAAACUCAAUCCAUUGGCAACAUCAACAACAAUUAUGUCAAGUAUCGAGAUCAUCAAAUAUACCUCAUUAUUACGCAAGACAAUAUGCAUCAAAUUCUAGAAAAAACCCAUAUGAUACAAAAUCAGUUGGAUUAAUAGAGGCAACUAAAGUUGUUAUUGGGAAAUUAGAUGAACAAAAAUUAAAUGAUACACCAACUAGUUCAUCUGCAUUAUUACAUAAUAAAAAAACUUCACAAGAUGAUGAUUUAAUGGAAGAACAACGUAUGAGAUUAAAAACUCAAGGUCGUCAAUUAUGGUGUCAAUUAGAUUUGAGUGGACAAGGUUUAGUUAGUAUAUCACCAAAAUUAUUUCAUUAUGAUUUCUUGGAGUCAUUAUAUUUAAAUAAUAAUAAAUUAAUUACAAUUCCAUCAGAAAUAAGUAAAUUAAGAAGUUUAAGGACAUUAGAUUUAUCACAUAAUAGAAUUAGUGAAUUACCAUAUGAAUUAGGAUUAUGUUUUAAUUUAAGAUAUUUAUUUUUAUUUGAUAAUAAUAUUAAAAAUUUCCCAAGUUCAUUUGGUAAUUUAAUAGAACUUUUAUUUUUAGGAGUAGAAGGUAAUCCACUUGAUUUAAAUGUUGCAAAUUUAAUUGCUGAAAAGGGUACAAAAGAAUUAAUAGCUACUAUAAGGGAUCAAAAGACUUCAAGAAUACCAGAACCAAGAAAAUGGCUUACAAUCGAAGAUGGGGAAGUUGUUGAUUCAUCAAAUUAUAAAGCUGAGAAAAGUGCAAGCGAUUCUUUUACUGUAUUAUCAUAUAACACAUUAUGUCAACAUUAUGCAACUCCUAGAAUGUAUAAAUAUACACCAUCUUGGGCAUUACAAUGGGACUAUAGAAAAGCAGCACUUGAGAAAGAAAUUUUAGGAUAUGGUACAGAUGUAAUUUGUAUGCAAGAAGUUGAAACCAAGACAUAUCAAGAUUUCUGGGCUCCACUAUUAGCACAAAAAGGGUACAAGGGUUUAUUUUAUAAUAAGACGAGAUCAAAAACAAUGAGUGAAAAUGAUGCCAAAAAAGUAGAUGGUUGUGCAUUUUUCUACAAGAUUGAUAAAUUUACCUUAGUGCAUAAACAAAAUUUUGAAUAUAAUAGUGUUUGUAUGGGAUCAGAUAAAUACAAAAAGACAAAAGAUUUAUUCAAUAGGUUUAUGAAUAAAGAUAAUAUUGCAUUAAUCUUGUAUCUUCAACAUAAGGAUACUGGUGAAAAAAUAUGUUUUGUAAAUACACAUUUACAUUGGGAUCCAGCUUUCAAUGAUGUUAAAGCAUUACAAAUUGGUAUAUUAUUAGAAGAAUUACAAGGACUUAUCAAAAAAUAUCAACAUGCAAGUUCAAUAGAAGAAGUUAAAAAUGCAUCAAUAAUAGUAUGUGGAGAUUUUAAUUCAGUUAAAAAAUCAGCAGUUUAUCAAAUGUUUUCAACAGGUACUUCUAAAAGUCAUGAUGAUUUAUCAGGUAGAGACUAUGGAAAAUUUACAGAAUCUGGGUUCCAUCAUCCAUUUAAACUAAAAUCUGCUUAUGAAUCUUUAGGAGAAUUACCUUUCACAAAUUUAACUCCAGCUUUUACAGACAAUAUUGAUUAUGUAUGGUAUUCAACUUCAAAUUUACAAAUUAAAGGAUUAUUGGGAAAAGUUGAUGAAAAUUAUGCUUCUAACUCAAUAGGUUUUCCUGAUGCUAAUUUCCCAUCUGAUCAUGUACCAAUAUUAGCCAAUUUUCAAAUUAAAUCAAAACCAAAUUAA